GUUCUCCGUGGUUCUCCGUUGAUCACACCGGCAAAAUAGCACCAACCACACUGGCAUGCCACAGUCUUCCGACAUUCAUUGUGGCGUCACGUUCACAUAUUUUUUUUAUUUAUUUUUUUAAAAAUAUAAUUUCCACAUACAUAAAUAUAUUUACCAUACACAAAAACAAUAAACAACAAUAAUAAUUAUUAAUUUAAUUAUUUAUUUAAUCAUGAAUUAGUGAAAAUUGUAAAAAUUAGUUAAAAAAAAAACAAAAAACAUUCUAUGUUGUUGCCUCAUAUGACAGUGUGAAUCAACAAGUGCUACACACAACAAUUUUGUGUUAUAUAUAUUAAUUUUCGUUAAAACGUGUUAGUGUUUAAUCAACUUUCAUCAACAAAAUUGUAUUACAUUAUUAUUGUUUAAUUAUCUGUUGUUUUUUAUGGUGAAUUGUCAUAAUUUUUACAAGUGGUGGGGCUCCUCACAGGGGUCCAAGGUGUCCUCGCCCAUGGCAAGAUCAUAGUGACACAGUGUCUAUGUGUGCCUGUGUGUGUCUGUGUGUUUAUUUUAUUUUGUUUUGUGCUAAAUAAUAAUAAAUAAAUAAAAAAUUAGGUGUAGUUUUUUUUUUUUGUUAAAUAAUAUAAAAGUUGUCACGUGCCCUUGGCCACGGAUACAUUACGUCUUUCUGCGUAUUGACACGCCAAGAUGGAAGUCGUUUAUAUUGAUGAACGAGAAGACGUGCAAAAAAAAACAUUUGCUAAAUGGAUUAAUUCACAACUUUUAAAGAAUCAACACGAGCCAGUUUCAGAUUUGUUUGUGGAUUUGCGAGAUGGUAACCGGCUGUUAUCUUUGCUUGAAGUUUUGACAUCAAAAACAUACAAAAGAGAACGUGGGCGAAUGCGAGUUCAUCAUUUGAAUAAUGUCAAUAAAGCACUGCAGAUUUUGGAACAAAAUAAUGUGAAACUUGUAAAUAUCAGUAGUAAUGAUAUUGUCGAUGGAAAUAUUAAGCUAACAUUGGGUCUUGUUUGGAGCAUCAUUCUUCAUUGGCAGGUUCAUUAUCAUUUGAAAGAUUUAAUGACUGAACUUCAACAAACAAAUUCGGAAAAAACACUUCUUGCAUGGUGUCGUUUAAAUACUCAGAAUUAUUCAGGUGUUGAUGUUAAAAAUUUUACAUCAUCUUGGUCAGAUGGACUGGCAUUUAAUGCACUUUUACAUAAAUGGAAACCACAGCUAUUUGAUUUUAAUAAUAUUGCUCGUAAACAUCCAAAUGCAAGACUUGAACAUGCAUUUCGUCUUGCACAUGAACAUUUAAAUAUUGAACGUCUUUUAGAUCCUGAAGAUGUAAAUACAUCAGUACCAGAUAAAAAAUCAAUACUUAUGUAUGUUAUGUGUUUAUUUGGUUCAUUGCCACAUUCUGGUGAUGAUGUUGUUGAUAUUGAUAUAUCAGUUGCAAGUGAUUCAAGUCCAGCAACAACACCAAUUAUUGAAAAAAAUAAUUUUACUAUUGAAAAUAAUAAUUUUACAAUUGAAAAUAUUGAUAUGCCAGUAUCAAGACCAAUAAGUAUUGCAACAAAUGUAUCAGUUGAACUUGGUGGUUAUCAAGUUGCACUUGAAGAUGUAUUAACAUGGCUAUUAGAAGCUGAAGAUAAAUUAAAUAAUUCACAAGAUAUUGAACAAACACUUGAUAAAAUUAAAGAACAAUUUCAUGAACAUGAAACAUUUAUGAUUGAAUUAUCUGGUCAUCAAAAUGGUGUUGGUGUUGUAUUAAGUGAAGGUGAAAGAUUAUUAGCUGAUGGUGGUCUUCAAAAAGAUGAAGAAGAUGAAGUACGUGUACAAAUGUCAUUGCUAAAUACAAGAUGGGAUGGUUUACGUACAAAAGCCAUGGAAAGACAAUCGAAAAUUCAACAAAUAUUAAUGGACAUGCAACAAGAACAAUUAAAUUCAUUGAAAAAUUGGUUAACACAAACUGAAACACGUAUUGCACAUAUUGGAGCUAGUGAAACAAGUAAUACAACAAUAAAUCAACAAAUUGAACAAUUAAAUGAUUUAGAUAAUUCUGUUCAAAUGCAAAAAUCAAUGUUUGAUGUAUUGAAAAAUAUUAUUGUCGUUGUUGAUGAAGAAAAUUCAGCAAUAAUAUAUUCACAAAUGCAAGAUCAAUUAUCAUCAUUGGAUGAUAGAUGGACACAUAUAUGUAAAUGGAUUGAUGAAAAACGUGAUAAAUUAAAUAAUCUUGAUACACAAUGGUCUUGUAUUGUUGUUGAAUAUAAAAGACUUGUAACAUGGUUAAAUGAAACUAAAAUAACACUUAAACAAAUGGAAGCUGUACCUGCAUCUGAAAUUGGUGAAGUAUUAGAAAGAAUAAAAAAUUUAAAAACAUUAAAUUUUGAAAUGGAUAGUAAUAAAAAUAAUUUAGCUGAAAUACAAUCAGUUGUACAAAAAUUUGCUGAUGAAGGUAAAUUAGCUGAAUGUUGGGAUUUAUUAGAUAAAAUUGAAAGUUUACAAGAUGAUUGGGAUGCUGUUGGACAAAUAAUGGAAGUACAAAGUCAACGUAUAUCAAAUUCUGGUUUUGAUUUUGAUUUAAAUGAAGCAACUGAAACGACAAUAUCACAAAAAAAUAAUUGGAUGUCUGAGACAGUAACAAGUAUUGCAUAUAAACAAGAUAAUAUAUUAAAAAAUCAACAAAAUGAUUUAAAAAAACGUAAAAUUAGUAUUGAAAAAGAAUUUGAAACAAUAUUAAUUCAAUUUUAUAAAUGGCUUGAUUAUGUUGAUCUUGAAAUUGGUAGAUCAGUUGGUGUAUUUGAUGAAUUAAGUGUUGAAGAAAAAAAUAUUGUUUAUGAAGAAAAAUUAGCUGAUGUUGAAGCACAUAAAAUUGAAUAUGAAAAUGUUAUUAAUAUUGGUGAAAAAUAUAUUGAUGAAUUAAAAAAUACAAAUGAAUCAUUUGAUAAUAUUAUUAGUAAAAUUAAUUCAGUUAAAAAUUGUUGGAAAACAAUAAAUGAUAGAUUAAUUGAAAUUAAAAAUAAAAUUGAUUAUUUAAUUGAUAUCAAACAAAUACGAUCAGAAUUAUCAAGUUUACAUAUGAUUGUUGAGUGUUGUUCAAAGUGGUUUGAUGAUAAUAAAGAAAAUAAUCUCAUCGAGCCAUUUAGGGUCAAGAUGAAAUCGAUAAAGUCACUCGAGGAUAGAGUAAACAAAGUUACUUCAAAACUUGAAGUUUUAAAAGAAAAAAAAAGUCAAUUUAUUGAGGAUAACACUGAGUCAAUUGAGACGGAAACAAAAGACUUGGUAAAUUAUUGGAAUGAUAUGAAUAAAAAAUUGACUGAUCGUCUUGCUGAAUUAAGUAGUGUUGUAGAAAAAAUUCCACCUAAAAAAUAUACUGAUACAAUAGUGUAUUUAUUGUCAUUUAUAAAUAAUGCUGAAAAUGUAUUAUCAACAGAACAAACUGUCCUAUCAAAUGAAACAAAAAUGGAAGAACAAUUGAAAAAAUUUCAACAAUUACAGCAGUCAAUUAAUGAAAAUCAGGAUAAAUUUAAUUAUGUCAAUACAACUGGACAAGAAUUAUUAAUGAAAUUUGAUGGUGAUGAACAAUUUGAUAAAUUAAAAAAUGAACUUGAAGAUUUAAAUACAAAAUGGAAUGAUAUACCAAUAAUAUUAGAUGAAAGACAACAAAAAUUAAAGUCUGAUAUACAGCUAUUAAAAGAAUUUAAUGAUGAACUUAAUAAUCUUGAUGAAUGGCUAAAUAAAACAUCAAAUUAUUUAAUUGAAAUAUCAAAUGAUAAAUUAAUAAAAGAUGUUGAAACAACAGAAUUUAAACUUGAACAAAUAAAUUCAAUGACAAAUGAUAUAUCAAAAACAAAACCAAGAAUUGAAAGUCUUCAAAUAUUGACAAAUCAAUUACUUGAAAAUUCCGAGCCAGAAUUUUCAAUAAUAUUAAAUAAUAAAUUAGAAAAUAUAUCACUUAAAUGGCAUGAAAUAAAUGAUUGUGUUAAAAAUUCAAAAGACAAUUAUGAAGCUGCAUUAAAAAAAAAUGAUGAAAUUGUAAAUGGCAUUGAAGAUUUUACAAAAUGGUUGUCAACACUUGAAAAUGAAAUUCCAACAAAUAGAUCAACAACAUUACCUGUUGAUUUAUUUGAAAUACGUCGUGAUUAUCAAUAUUUAAAAGAAAAAAUUGAUAAACGUGUUGAAGAAUUUCGUAAUUUAAAUGAAAUUGGUAAUGAUAAAUUAUUAAGUUCAGAAGGUUCAUCAGUACAAGAACUUGGAAGAAGAUUUACAUAUUUAAAUGCGCGAUGGACAGAUGUUACUGAUCGUAUUUAUGAACAAUAUAAAAAAUUACAAAAUGCAAGUCAUGAAUAUGGUGAAUUUCAUGCACUUGUUGUACAAGAAAGAGGUUGGCUUGAUCAACUUGAUAAACGUUUAAAAAAAUCAAGUAAAAAAGCAGCAGAUGCUGAAGAAAUAUCUGAAGAACUUGAUGAUUUAGAAAACUAUAUGAGAAAUCAUCCAGGUAAUCGUCGUGAAAAAAUUCAAUCUAUUGGAAAACAACUUGCUGAUAGUGGUAUUAUGACAGCAACAAUUCAAGCUGAUGUUGAAGAACUUGAUAAACGUUGGACUGAAUUAAAUACAAAGGCUACAGAACGUGCCCAAAUUUUGGAGGCAUCAGUGAGACAGGCCCAACAAUCUGAAGGCAGAAUUUUAGCCCUUCAACAUUCUUUAACUCAAGUAGAUUCUGUACUAACAGCACGGCUUAACAGCGAUUUGACUGCUGAUGAUUUACCUCAUGAUUAUCAGAAAUUAAUGGAAGAAAUGGAAAGUCAAGAAACAACUCUUCAAGAAAUGAAAAAACAAAUUGAUAUUUAUGAAAAUUCAGGACAACAUGAAGCAGCAAGUCGUCUUAAUGAACAAAUGACAUUAAUUGAACAAAAGUUUUUAGAAAUUCAAAAGAAAUUUCAACGUUUUCGUUCACCAUCAAAUCUUGAACCAAGACUUUCAAGGGCACUUCGUGAAUUGCGAGGUAUUGAGGAAGCCACUUGUUUGCUAGAAUUAGCAUCUGAGGAUCCAGAAGCAAUUGAUGGCCAAUUAAAGCAUUGUUUGCGUUUUUAUCAAACACUCAGUGAAAUCAAGGGUGAAAUUGAAAAUAUAAUAAUUGCUGGAAGAAAAUUAGUUGAAGAAAAUAAUGUAACUGAGCCAGAAAAAUUUACAAAAAGAAUUGAUACACUAAAAGAGCUUUAUAAUAAACUUGGAUUGAGAAUAACUGAGUCAAAAUCAAUACUUGAAAACGCACGAGAUUUAUCAAGAGAUAUGUAUGAACAUAUGAAAUAUUUAAAUACAUCAAUUGACAGUAUCAACAAAGAACUUGAUACACAAAAAAAUAUGUCAGAAUUAUCAGUUAAUCCAAUAUAUGUUACUGAAACUUUGACAGAAGUUGUUCCAAGAUUAAAUCUUGUUAAAGACAAGCUUUUUCAAACUCAAAAUGAAUUUAUGAAACUUUGUGAUCCAAGUUAUUUGGAACAGCUUAAAGAAAAAUUAUCUGAUAUUAUUACAAGGUUAAUAAAUACAGAAAAUAGAUUACGUCAAUCUUCAGUAACUGAGGUUGAGCCAAAUGUCGAUGAGAUUAAUGCAUGGCUGGUUCAAGUUGAUGAAAAAUUAAAAAUACUCGAGCAAGUAUCACCUGAGACAAUAAGCGAGCAUGAAAUUUCUACUUGUCGGUCUGUACAAUCUGAGAUUACCGAGGCAAGGUCAAAAGUUUUACAACUACAACGAUACAGUUACUAUCCAAAAGUAGCUGCAGUUUGUGACAAAUGGGAAAAAAUAUCACGACGAGUACAGGACUGGAUGUUCAAGAUGACUAACAGCAUGUCAAUCAAACAUGAAGUUGAUAGGGAGAGAGAAAAACAUGGAAAUAAUAAUGAUAAUAAAAAUAAUUGGAAAAAUCAAGAAAUUUAUGAAAAUUUAACAUAUCUCAAUAGUAUUGUCAAGGAAAAAUAUCAUUCAAAUACCAUUCCCGAUGUUAUUAAAACAUCUGAUAAUGAAGAAUUUUUUUUAACUAAAAAUAGUAAAUUAUUUUCUCAAGUAUCAACAAAUACAAUAAUACCAAAAAAAAAUUACAAUGAAUUAUAUAAUGAUAACAAUAAUAAUCCAUUGAGAGUUGUUGAAAUAAAAGAAAUGGAAAUUGUUAAAUCAAUAGCAUCAUCAGAAGAUAGUUUUGUAUUACCAAAAGCAAAUGUAUGUUUUGGACAAAAACCACUUGUUGUUGAGAGAGUUGAAAUACUUGAAGAUACUGAAACCGAGCCUGAAUCAUUGGACACUGAUACUGAUGAUCGUGAUAGUCGUACAAAAUCAAGUACAUCAUUAAUAUCUGUUGAUAAAAAUAUUGCAACAAUUGGCAAUAAAAAAAAUUAUGAUAUUGAUCCAGAUAUUCUUGUUAAACCUAAAAAAUUAUCAUUACCAAUUAAUUUAAAUAAUGAUAUUGAAAAAAAUAAUAAUGCAACAUCUAGCAAUUGGAAUAAUAUCAAUAAUAAAACUGAAUUAUCAAUUAUUAAUAAUAAUAAUGAUAAAAAAAUAAUAAAUUUACAAAAAAAUAAUAGGAAAGUAAUUAUUGAUGAAAUUAAAAAAUCACCAAUAACGAGAAUGUUAAAAGCAACAAUGUCAAAUGAUACUGUUGAAGAUUGUGAUAGUUUUUAUGGAAGUGACAAAGAGACUGAUGAUGUUCUUAUAUUUUCUGAUGAUACGGAAAUUGAUGCUAAUAGUGCAAGUAGUUCUGAUGAUGAAUUUAAUUCAACAAAUAAAUUUGAUAAGCCCAAUGUGACGGAGGUAUUUUUAGAAAAAACAGCACAAAAGCCAGAUGUUAAAUUGUAUAGUGACAGUAGACGACCAUUGAGAACUCCAAGUUUUUCAAAAAUUGGAUUGGAAAAAGAAAUAAUUGAAUUUGAACAAGCAGCUGAUCUUAUAUCACGAAGAAUUGAUGUUAUGCUGAUGACAAUCAGUGCAGUUUCAAAUGAAAAAGAUCCAUCAAAACGUCUUGAGGUACUUAAAAGUGAAAUGAGUAGUCUUGCACCAGAUGCAGCAUCAUUAAUAAGUAAAGGUGAUGGUCUUGUGAUGAAAGUUGACAUGAUAAAUCCAGUUCGUGCUAAAAAAAUAAAACAUGAACAUCAAGAUCGUCUUCGUAGUAAAUGGCGUCAAGUUAUGGCUGAAGUUGAUUCACGUCGUUUACAAUCACAAACAGGUGAACGUUUAUUAAAACAAUAUAAUGAUUUAAUAAAUGAAUUUGAAAAAUGGUUUCAAGAUGCACCAUCUAAAAUUGAACAAGCAAAUAAUUAUGAAGGUCAACUUGAAUCAUUUGCUGAUGAAUUUGAUAUUAAACAAAUGGAAAUUGAAAAAUUAAAUAGCAUUGCUGUUGAAUUAAAAAAGUUAAAUAUUGGUUAUCAUGAUACAAUUAGAUACAGUAUUAAUACAAAAUGGCAAGAAAUAAAUUUACAAUUUAAACGUUAUAGUGGUAGUAAAGAUAAAGAUAAAAAUGUAGCUGAUAAAAAAAUGGAAUUAUCAAGUGUUAGAAAAACAAAUGACAUUGAUUUAACAAUCGAAAUUAAAAAAAUACGUGAUGAUAUAAUAAGUGUAUUAAAAACAUUAAAAUCAUCACCACUUGGUGGUAAAGAUUAUGAAUUAUUUUUAAAUCAAGAAAAAUCACUUGGUAAAAUAAGCAAUGCAAUGAUAUUUAUUGAAGUUAGAGUCAAUGAAAUGCUUGAAAAACUAGAAAAACAAUCAUCAAUAAAUAAUAAUAAAAAUUCAAAUAUAUCAAUAAAAUAUAUUUCAUCAGAAUUAAGAGAUGAAUGGCUUAAUGUACAGCGUUGUUAUUCUGAACGUCAAAAUCGUUGGUCAAAAUGCCAUAAAAAAUGGAAUGAAAUAAAAGAUUUAUGUCGUUUAUUUAUAAAUAAUUGUGAUAAAUUACAGGAUAAUAUUAAUAAAAUAAUAUCUGGUGCAUCUUGUAAUAUUAAAACAACUGAUAUUGAACAAGAAUAUAUAAAAAUACAAAAAUUAUAUAAUAAUAUUAAUACAUUUUAUGGUGAUGUGCUUGCUCGAUCGUCUUCUGAAGAUAUAACUGAGUUACAAACUACUGUUGAUCAUGCUAAACGACGAUGGCAACAUCUAUCAAAUGAGUUCAAUGACUUUAAAGAAAAGUAUUUAACUAUGGAAAAAAAAGUUAAUAAUAGUGAUGUUGUUUUACAAUCUGCACAUAAUAUUUUGGAGAAUGUUAAUGCAUUGUUAUUGUCAAAUGCAAAUCCAUCAGAUGACACAUCAUUAUCAAUAAGACUUUCAAUGAUAAAAGCACGUGAAGAAGAACUUGCAACACAAAAAAAUGAUUUAGAAAGUUUAAAAUGUCAUUUAAAAAAUACAAAUGAAAAACAAGAAUUAGAUAAACUUGUUAAUGAAGUGGAAACAACACAAAUAAAUUUAUCAACACAUCGUGAUUAUGUUGAAAAAAAAUUGGCAUCACUCAAAAAAUAUAUGAAUAGCCUAGAUGUUAUAAUGGUUUGGGUUAUGGAAACACGUACACGACUUAAUAUAUCACGUGAAUUAACGACAAAUGAAAGGGACCAAGUUGUCGAUAAUAUCAUGACUAAGGUCAAGGAUCGAGAAAUGGAAGUAAAAGAUGUCCUCGAAAAUUAUACAAAUCUUGAAAAAGAGUGUGAAUCAGCAAAACAACCAGUCUCUGUUGAACUUCAGGAAAAAUUGAAGAAACUACGUGAUGACUGGAUGUAUGUUAAAGUUCGCGGUGAACCACUGGACAAUGAUAAUGAAGCUUCAGUUGCAGUGGCUGGACCCAAGGAAACAGAAAAAAAUGUUGGACUGAAUCCAGCAGAUUCACGAGGACAAAUAGUUACUUCCGUCCUUUCAACAGUCUCGAUCCCAGUUGUACUUACUAGCUCAGCUGUCACAUCUACCGCCCCAUCAUCUGGUGCACCCUCUUCGUCUUCAGCAGUUGUUGCUGGACUCGAUAAAUCUGUUCUUCAGAUUCGUGACUGGCUAACACUUGAGGAAGAGAUGUUGCGAAAACAAUCAGUCUCCGUUGGGGACAUUGAUAUGAUACUGGCACUUAUUGACAAACAAAAGAAUGUUUUACGAGAGCUUGAGCAAAAGAAACCUCAGCUGGAUGAACUCGUGCAUACAGCGGAAAAUCUUCGAGCUGAUACAAAUCGACAACAACUCCAUGGCAAAGUUACUAAGUUGCGAGAGCAUUGGGAUGAAACAAAUUCAAAAGUCAUGCAGCGUAAGAGUCAGCUUGAUGCAAUGCUAGAUGACAGUCAACGCUAUGAGGACAAACGAAUUGAUGUGGAAGCAUGGCUUGGUAGAAUGGAACUUCGUCUGUCGAGAAUGCGUUCUGUUGGACAUACUGCUGAUGUGCUUGAAGCCCAACUCCGAGAGCAAAAGUCAUUCCAUGCUGAUCUCCAUCAGUAUAAACAUCAAAUUGAGGUGUUUAAUCAACUAACCCAAAAAUUAAUAGCAGUAUAUCAACAAGAUGAUACAACGAGGGUGAAAAAAAUGACUGAAACAAUUAAUCAACGUUACAACAAUCUAAAUACAAGUAUAAUAAAUCGUGGUAAAUUAUUGCACUCAGCAAUGAAUUCAUUGCAUAAUUUUGAUCGUUCAUUGGACAAGUUUUUAGCUUGGCUAAGCGAAGCAGAGUCAUCAAUGGAGGGACUUGAAGGUGAAGCUGAUCGGUUAGGUGGUAGACGAGAUCAAGGAGCACUCAGACGACCACAACACCAGCUAAAGGAUCUUCAGUCAGAAAUUGAAACUCAUCGUGAUGUAUAUGCAUCGUUAAAUGGAACUGGACGUAAAUUAUUGGGUUCAUUGGCCAGUCAGGAUGAUGCUGUUAUGCUGCAACGUCGUCUUGAUGAGAUGAAUCAAAGAUGGCAUCAUUUAAAAGCCAAAAGUAUGGCAAUAAGAAAUCGUCUAGAGAGUAAUACUGAACACUGGAAUGCUCUACUGUUGUCUCUACGUGAACUCAUUGAAUGGAUUAUAAGAAAAGAUACUGAGCUCAAAGGUCUUGGUCCAGUUUGUGGUGAUAUUCCAACACUACAAAAACAACAGGAUGAUUACCGAGGUUUCCGUAGACAGCUUGAAGAUAAACGACCUGUCAUUGAGAACAACUUACUCAGUGGACGACAAUACAUUGCCAAUGAACCGCCUCUUUCAGACACCUCCGAUUCAGAAGGUCGAGAUCUAGAUGGUGAUUCAAGGGGCUAUAGAAGUGCCGAAGAACAAGCCCAUGAAUUGACACGUAGCAUUCGAAGAGAGGUUAAUAAACUCUCAGAGCAAUGGAAUGCUCUCAUUGAACGUAGUGAUGCCUGGAAACGAAAACUAGAUGAUACAACUGCGAAAAUGUGUGUAUUUCAAAAAGCACUGGAGGAUUUGUCAUCUAGAAUGUCGGCUGCUGAAGCUAUACAAAGUGGUUGGCAAAGUCCAACUGAUGCAUCAGAAGCUGGAGAAAUGUUGGAACAGUUACAAAAGUUUGGCGACAGAUUGGGACCUAUUCAAAGAAAUAUAGAGGAAGCUAAUGACCAAGCAAGUUUAUUUGCAUCAAGCAGUGUUAUAGUAUCUCAUGGAUUGUUGGCUAAACUCGAGGAUCUCAAUACAAGAUGGAAAGUAUUGCAAGUUGCUGUUGAUGAACGUUAUAAAUUACUUAAUGGAUAUGGUAAAGAUGGUAGUACACCAGGUAGUCAGGUAUUUCUUGCUGGUAGUGUUGAGCCACCAUGGGAAAGAGCUUUAACACCAGCAAAAGUGCCUUACUAUAUUAAUCAUCAAUUGGAAACAACUCAUUGGGAUCAUCCAAAAAUGAUUGAUAUAAUGUCAUCACUUGCUGAUUUAAAUGAAGUACGUUUUUCAGCAUACAGAACAGCAAUGAAAUUACGAACAGUACAAAAAAAAUUGUGUCUUGAUGUAUUAAGUUUAUCAUCAGCACUUGAACAUUUUGAUUCACAUGGUUUACGUGCACAAAAUGAUAAAUUAAUUGACAUACCAGAUAUGAUAACAGUAUUAACAUCUUUAUAUGAAGUUAUUGCAACAGAUAAUCCAACACAAGUUAUUGUACCAUUGUGUAUUGAUCUUGCAAUAAAUUGGUUAUUAAAUGUUUAUGAUAGUCAAAGAACUGGACAAAUACGUGUGCUAUCAUUUAAAGUUGGUCUUGUAUUAUUAUGUAAAGGACAUCUUGAAGAAAAAUAUAGAUAUUUAUUUCGUUUAAUUGCUGAUCCAAAUCGUUUAGUUGAUCAACGUAAACUUGGUUUAUUAUUACAUGAUUGUAUACAAGUACCACGACAAUUAGGUGAAGUUGCUGCAUUUGGUGGUUCAAAUAUUGAACCAAGUGUACGUAGUUGUUUUGAAAAAGCUGGUAAAGAUAAAAAUGAAAUUGAAGCUAUUAAUUUUUUAAGUUGGUUACAACAAGAACCACAAAGUAUGGUAUGGUUACCAGUAUUACAUCGUUUAUCUGCUGCUGAAAAUGCAAAACAUCAAGCUAAAUGUAAUAUUUGUAAAGAAUAUCCAAUAAUUGGUUUUAGAUAUCGUUGUUUAAAAUGUUUUAAUUUUGAUAUGUGUCAAACGUGUUUCUUUUCUGGUAAAAAAGCUAAAAAUCAUAAAUUAACACAUCCAAUGCAAGAAUAUUGUACAGCAACAACAUCUGGUGAAGAUGUUAGAGAUUUUACACGUGCAUUAAGAAAUAAAUUUAAAUCAAAAAGAUAUUUUAAAAAACAUCCAAGAGUUGGUUAUUUACCAGUACAAACUGUAUUAGAAGGUGAUGCACUUGAAAGUCCAGCACCAUCACCACAACAUAGUUCAUUGAGUCAAGAUAUGCAUUCAAGAUUAGAAAUGUAUGCAUCAAGACUUGCUGAAGUUGAAUUAUCAAGAACAAGAAGUAAUUCAACACCAGAUAGUGAUGAUGAACAUCAACUUAUUGCACAAUAUUGUCAUAGUUUAAAUGGUAAUGAUAAUAAUAAUGCACCAAGAAGUCCAGUACAAGUUAUGGCUGCAAUUGAUGCUGAACAAAGAGAAGAACUUGAAGCAAUGAUACGUGAAUUAGAAGAAGAAAAUGCAACAUUACAAGCUGAAUAUGAUAGAUUAAAAUUAAAACAAACACCUGGAUCAACACCUGAAGAUGGACACAUAAGACAACCAGAUUGUGAUAUGAUUGCUGAAGCUAAACUUUUACGACAACAUAAAGGACGUCUUGAAGCACGUAUGCAAAUAUUAGAAGAUCAUAAUCGUCAAUUAGAAGCACAAUUACAAAGACUCAGACAAUUGCUUGAUGAGCCAAAUGCAUCAUCACCAUCUAAAACUGGUACACUUCAAACGAGAAGUGUUACUGCAUCACAACUUGCAACAGAUUCACCAGCUAAAGUCAAUGGACACUACCACGAAACAUCAGGUGGCGGUAACUCGGUGGAGGGCAGAGUUAGCAGUCUUGAAAGACCACCACCACCACCACAUUCACACAACGUUGCACACAAUGUUGGCAAUCUAAUGCAUAUGGCAGGUGAUUUGGGAAAAGUUGUUGGCGAAUUAGUUACAGUUAUGACUGAAGAAACAACAAAAACAAAUGGUCAACGAUCUCCACCAGCUUUUAAAUAAUGAAAAAAAAAAAAAAUAUGAUCAAAUUGGCACUUGUUAUUACAACCAAAUAAAAUUAAUUUUAACAGUCAAUAGUUAUGUGAAAAAUAAAAAAAAAUUAUAAUUUUUAUUGACCAAGAGAAAAAGAAAAAUUAUAUCUCUCAAAUGCAUAUCAAAAAGACCACAUGAUCAAUUUUCAGUAGACAAAAACAAAAAAUAAAUAAAUAAGUAAAAAAAAAAAAAGAAAAAAAAUGAUCUCAAUAGAUGCAGGGUCGAGGAAUCUUUUACAAUGAUUUUUUGACUAUUUUAUAAGUUUUGAUAUUUGGCCGGUGUAUGACUGAGUCUUUUAAUCACAAUCUGCGAAUAUUUGAAUGAAAAUAAAAUUUUAAAAAUUAAUAAUAAUGUGAGAAAAAACAAUUUUAAAAAAAAUUUACUGACACGUAUCGAUACGUCAUAUCAUAAAGCUAAUUAUUAAUAAUAACAAUUGUUAUGCUUGCUAGAAAUAUUUAACUAUUUAAAAAAAUGAUAUGGUGAAAAUGAAAUGAUAAAUAAUAUUAAACAACGCAUGCUAAGAGCAAUGUAUAUUAUGUUGCUUAUAAAAUAUAGUUGAUAAGAAUGAAUCGCGUUUAUUUAAAUCCAUUCUUUUCACUGCCACUGGCGCUUCUUCCUCGACGUGAUAAAAUUGGUCUAUAUAUACUUACUAAGUGUAAAGAAGCAAAAUUAUAAAAAAAAUAAAAAAUA